AUGAAUUCGACUUCUUAUUCUGCUCUACAACCAUAUCCGCCGACUAUUGCAACUGCACCAUCACCUGGUGCAUUUUCAAUACCUCAACCUGAAAUACCACAACUUGGAAUACCACAACCUGGAAUACCACAACCUGGGAUGGCACCUGGGAUGGCACCUGGGAUGGCACCUGGGAUACCACAACCUGCACCACCACCAUAUGGAAUAUCAAUGCCAGGACCUGAAGCACCACAACCCGAGUUACCAAUGAUACCACAAGGUGGCUGGUCACCGCAGAAUACGACUUGUCCACCCGGCUUGGAAUACCUUAUAGUCCUUGAUCGUCUGUACAUACAGCAACAAACUGAAUUAUUGGAAGUUAUCGUUGGAUGGGAGACUGAAAACAAAUACCUUGUAACGAAUGUUAAUGGCCAGCCACUGUUUUAUAUCAGUGAAGAGUCAAAUACGUGCGCGCGUCUAUGCUUUGGUGCUCUACGUAGUUGUGAAUUACACGUGGGCGACACCAAUCACAGGGAAGUCCUACGUAUGGUUCGACCCUGCAGGUGUGCAGGUUGCUGUUGCUUUUGUUGCAUGCAGAUACUAGAGGUGUAUUCUGGAGACAUGCUUCUCGGUUCUGUAACAGAAAAUUACCAUAUUUUUAGGCCUUCAUUUUCUAUUCGCGAUGCAUCUGGGAAAACAGUUUUAAGGAUUAAGGGACCAUGUUUUAAAUGCUGCGGAAACGUGACAUAUAAGAUAAAGUCUGUCGAUGGAGUACAUAGAGUUGGAGAAAUUAAAAAGAAAUGGAGUGGUUUUACUACAGAAGCUUUUACAGAUGCUGAUAAUUUCAGCCUACGUUUUCCUGUGGAUUUAGAUGUUAAAAUUAAAGCUGUUUUACUCGGUGCCUGUAUUCUCAUCGAUUUCAUGUAUUUCGAACAAAACGCCAAAAAGAGAUCUGUAUAGAAUUCGUAAAAUGCUUAAAGGAAUCCUAUUUACUGAUCUGAAAUAUAGUAUAGUUUAUUGUUGUGCUUUAUUAUGAUAUAAGGUAAACGGUUUUCAGUGAAGAAUCACUGAUGUUGAAAGUUUUCAACUUUGCUUAAACUUUCUAAGCUCAAAAUUUGUCAUAUUUUUUAUAUCAAAUUAUUAAUGAAUACGAGUAAUAUUGUUAACAAAUUUGAUGUACAACAAGUGCUAUGAAGCUAUCAGCACCAUUACUAUUUUUGUAUUCAAUUUUGGAACGAAUUUAUGUGUAUGUAUAUUGUUCAUCUUCCUAUAGAGAUAUGUUCAGAAGUUUCCGAACAAAUACGUUUUACGACUUUUGUUACAAGAUUUCUGUAAUAUUUCUAGUGUUAUGAGCACAAAUUAUUAGGUUAUAAGUUUUUAAUUUGCUUUAAUGCAAAUAUAUAUAUAUAUACAGUAUGUAUAUUAUACAGGCUAUUUUUGAAAUUAUGAUAUAACCAGAAAAGAGGUGAUUCCUCAUGUAAAAGUAAGUUAAAAAUAUAAAAUGAAAUUUGUUCAUAUCUGCCUAUUUCACUCAAUCUGGUUAGUUGCUGUUACUUUUAUUCAUUUUUAUGAAUAUCAAUCAGGAUUUAGUAUAAUUGUAACUAAUAUAGUUACUUUUAAUGACUUAUUUAUUUUAAUGAUUUAUAAAUUAUUGAAAAUGUCUUUGUAUCACAGAUAGAUACUAUGUACUUGCUUGACUGAUUAAAGAAGUAUGAACUGAUGAUAAUGUGUUAAUUCCUAUAUCUCACAUUUCAUAUUUAUAGUUGAAUAAAUCUGUAUUAAUGAAUAUUCGAACUCGAUUUUCUCGAAGAUGGAGAUCUAUACGAAAAUAUUUUAUUUAUUCAUUAUCAUAUUAUUUAUUAUCAUAUUUUCGAUUUACUUCUACAUAAGGAAUCACCUGCUUUCCAUUUAUACUACUAUUUCGGAAACACUGUAUAUACAUAAGUUUUUAUAAUUGCGGGUUAUAUAUACUCUUUUUAUAUUUUUGUGCAUUUAUUGAAGGGCAUUAAAUAUUUGAACUGCCUGAAUAUUUGUGAGAUAAUUGUAAUUACUCAUUAUAAAUAAUAUUAAUUUUUUCGAUAAAAGAUAAUUCUGUUGUAUGAUUAAAAGAUCUCCUUAUUGUCAUGUAAAGAUAUCAAAAGGAAUCAAGUUAAAUAAAGAAGGAGAAUUAUUGUGUA